UUGAACCGGUAAGCCGCUCUGUUCGGAAUUUAUUCGUCGUUGAUAUUAUUAUCUCGAUUUUAUAAGGGGGUUUGAUGAUUGUUAAACAUUUGAAUUUUAUGUGCUGGAUCGGUUGGUCGGUGUUUUCGUUUGUUUGAAAUAUUUAGUAAAAUUAGGGUGGUCGUAUUUACGCUUUAUUAUAUAUCUAUAAAUCGUGUGCCGGCUCGGGUUUUGUUUUUAAAAAAGAACUUUAUACAGGGGAUUUUUAUGGAGAAACCGAUUAUGUGAAGGACGGUAAUAGAAUAUACUGUAACUGUAUAUGCAAGGAGAUAUAAGAGUGGAUUUUAAAGUUUGUGUUGUGUUGGUACUUUGAUUGUUUCGAGUGUAAUUUUGUUGUAAUUAAUUUACAUUUUUCGGUAUAACACUUUGUGCAAUUAUUGAAUUUAGUGCAGAUGAAGAAUGUUUGGGAUUAUUCUCUGAUUGAAAUGUGUGAGGCAAACAUGGUUGGACAACAAUAACAGAGCACUAUUCAUCACAUCAUACCAAAAAAGUGUGUGCACAAAGGUGUUUUGUAUGCAAAAGUCUUUCAUAACAAUGAACGUACAUACAGUAAAAUCCAGCCAACCAUCAAAGUAGGUGAUUCCGUUUUAUCAUCUACAUUGCUGAAUUUGAAAUAUAGUUGCAUCUCGAAUGAUAUACCUUACAACAUGUUCAUGAAGACAUGAUAAACAUGUAGUUGCAAAGUAGUGUUGCACACAUCAAACAUUUAGAAAGAAUUAUACUUUGAUAAAAAGAAGUGCGGUUUUCUUUAGCUUUUCAAACUCAAACACUGUGUUAGAUCAAAGCGAAUUUAAUUGUAGUGUAUGUAACAAAGAACUAUAUUUAAUGUGAGUGAACAUGAGAGAAACAAUUUGCAAUUUUUUGCGUUGAUUUUCCUUUUUCUCGAUUGCAUUGAAAAAGGGAUUUAAUACAAAGUUAAAAUUUAGUUGGAUUGAAGUGGAAGUGUAAAGUGAAAAUUUUCCGUCUAAUACAAUAGGCACGUAAGAGCAUAUAUCUUAUAGAAUUAAUUGAGCGGAGUACUUCUAUUGAAAGAAAGAGAAUCAUAUACAUGUGAAAAAAUGUUGGAACAACCUCAUCGAAAACAUCGCAGCCAUCUAAAAUGCACUUGACGACAAUUGCACUUGAACAACGACUACAGCAACAAGGAAAGAAAGAACAGCAAAAGCUUUUUUCGACAUCAUGUGUCGAAAGGGCAAAACGGAUCUCAGACCAUUUCGACGUAUUUGGAGCGUGAUAUGCUUUGUCAUUGCUCUUGUUUUGUAUGAAACAGAUGUUGUAAUCGCCAUUCGCAAAGGAAACCUAAUGGUACCCACAUCGUACACAUCGGGCAAUGGCGAUCUACACGUUCAACUACAUUCUGCCCAAUUAAUCGACACACAGAAACCGAUGCAAGAUCUACGACUGCAGGUUACUCGCUUAGAGGAUUCCACUCGCACCAUUAUUGCGAUUGUGGAUGUUCUGCCUGAUCCACGAGUAAAUGUUACACAAAUAACGGUACCGUGUCAACACUUACUGUAUGGUGGCCAAUACGAAUUGGAAAUUGUCGGUAAUGAUAUCCAUUCAAGCAUACUGGAUGGUCAAGAUGAGCGACUGCGACAGCAAUUGGACGUAAGAUGGCCAAUGCCGAAAUUGAGUGUUACCCCAGAAUCGAUAGGUACAUAUCCACAGACUCCGGUUGAUGUGAUAUUAGAAUUUCCGGAAGUGGAAUGUACAAUCGGUGAAGUGGAAGUUAAAAAUGUGCCAGAGUUUUGGUUGGAGCUAUAUUACUGUGGUCAUAAUGUAUACUGUGAUAGUACAAACGUAACGAGCUCCCAAGUUUUAUAUGCGGAACAAGUACGUGGAUAUCCCAAGGCGCGUUUAAUUAAAUUGAGAUGCGAACUAUUCGGACUGGCUGGACAUUACAUUGUCAAACUGCGACCAAUCCAACCAGUUCCGCCGAUAGUAUCAGCAACCGCCUAUGUCAAGGCCGAUUGGAGCGAACAAUUCGUGUUCAAUGUACACGCCAGAAGUAUAUCACCGUGCGAUCCUCACAUCGGAAUCGGCGUUCUGUUUGAGUAUCCAGCAUGCAUAUUGGAUCGAGCCGAUCGCGUGCGAUUGUUUGCCAAGUUAAGGGCCGAUGUGGCCUCGUUGGCACCACCGACAUCGUUGCAUUACGUCACCGAACAACGGGUCAUACGCGGACAGCAUUCGUUACACUUUGACUGUGAACUGUUCUCCGAGAAGUAUAUCGAAUACUGUUUCGUUUAUGUGAGUCAAGCGAUUUCAGGCGCUGUUGCUGAUGUUCGGAUGGAUUGCCUUCCCACGUUACCGGUCAGUGAAUCGGACAUUGGCGGAUGGGGACCGUGGAGCGAUUGGACGCCAUGCUCUACUACCUGCGCUGGUGGCACCAGAAAUCGUUAUCGUGUGUGCGAUAAUCCACCUCCCCGAUAUGGAGCACAAUUUUGCCAGGGUCCGGCAGUUGAAAGUCAACAAUGUGGUGGUCCAGUUACCGGCGCCACUUGGGAAUGCAUGUAUGGAAAUGGCAACUUUUUCAUGGGAGAUCUACCAGCCGAUCGUCCCGAAGUUAAGGCUGAAAUAGGACCAGGAUGUCGGUGUGGAUGUAUCGUUCAUUUAAGCUUUUCAAAGCCACGACGACUGAUAGCUUCAUCGGCUCAGAGCUGUCCCGGUCGUACAUUUUGGUUGAUACAAGCUGAUGACGGUCAUCGAAUUCGAUUCAGCAUUGAUUUCUUCCGAUUAAUUUGCCCGUCGCAAUACGUACGGAUACGUGACGGUGACUCGUUAGCGGCUGAGCUAAUAGCCGAGUAUAUUGGUGGAACUGAUAAGCCAACUCAAGCAGUCAUAUCGACCGAAUCUCAAAUUCUAUUGGAAUUUUAUUCGAACGAAUUGUCAACGCUUGGCGAAUCCUGUAAAGGUGGUUUCUUGACCCACGCCCAACAAAUACAAACGGAUCGAUCGAAUGUCACCAUAUCGGUGACAAGUCGGGCUAUAAUGCCAAUCGACAUAUCACCCAUUGCCAUGAAACUGACUGUUGUACACAUCAUUGCAAUUCUAUUCGCAAGUGUCAUAAUAAUUGUUAGUGCCUUAUUGGGUGCUCAAUAUGUCUGUCGGUAUCGAAAAUAUCAGUUAGCAGAAAGCAUUGGCGAAUUGGAUUCACCAGCUCACACACCACGAGCGUCGCUGAGCUCAAUACAACAACGGGCUGCAUCUCGUGCCGGCUCAACGUCUACCUUAUUGUCAGAGGUUGUUUCGUUAGUCAAAUUGCGACCACGAAUUGGACGUAAAAUGAAACAUUCUCGUUUACGUGAGAGUGUGGACGGAGAAGCGUUAGAGAGUGGGGACAAUAAUUUUCAGAAAUCACAAAGCGAGGACGACAUUAGCAUUGAAAGUUCCCACACAUUAACAAACGAAACAUUAAAUGAUCCACAUAAUCCGCACUCGCAAAAUAGCAAAACACCAAAUUCAAAUGAGAUCUCAUCAGAACAAUCAUCAGCAUCAUUGUCACCGUCACCAUGUAACAAUUCAAUUAGCCUGCCGUCAACUCCCCUCGACACACCCAUUCCAACGAGAAAAACCAUAAAAAAGUGUUUAAUGGGUGGUGAUACGAAGAGCAUGAAUGGCAGAAGGAAAAAAGCGAAUGAUGUGAGUCCAGUUAGGGAAGAGGACACCACCGAAACAGAUACGGAUUCGAUGAGCGGAAGUAACAGACGAUUGAAGAAAUUAAGUGCCAGUAACGCUACGUUAACGAAUGGUUGUUAUUCGCCGGCAGCUAGUCUAGCCAGUACUGCAAGGAUACGGACGACAAACGUUAAAGAAAGCAAAGAAAAGAAAAAUCGCGAGAAAUUGUUGGCUGGACCCGGAUCAGAAUUCUCUCUGGCUAAUCCUGAGGACUUCGAACUUGACUACUACGACUACAAUGUAAUGAAUGCAGGCGCUGCACCUGGAAGUUAUUUAGGAAUGGAUCCAGCAUAUCUUGUGUGGAUACCACCACUUGAUGAGGGUGACAUUAUGAAAGACUUAGAGGAUGAUGCGGAACCACAUUAUGAAGAGAUACUUCCCAAGUACCAUAACCUCGACCCAGGCAGCAAUACAGAAACGCCAUCAGAAGAUGAGGCACCGAACCUUCCACCUCUUAAUAGCGUAAUGAGGCAUCCAGACGACAGAUACGUGAAAAAUGAGGAAAUCUGUAGAAUUGUUGCAGCCAAUGCAUUAAACGAGGAUGACUCGCCGAAACGAUGUUCCAGUCAACGCUCAUCGUGCGGUGAAAACCAAAGCGGAAAACAUCGCUUCGAUGUCAUUCAGAUGGCGGAAUUUUCCGCUAAAAAUCGAAAGCAUUCAUCGCCCGUACGUGUGCAUUGCCGACGAAUUAUCGAACCGGAAGAAAAGGAAACGGCUGUCGUGAAAUCGCCGAGUGAUAGCAAUCUGAAUGAAUACUAUGAAUUGGACGACAUACAAUUCGCUGAUGAUGAAGACGAACAUAACAGCGGCGGUGGAGUGCGUGAUGGCGAUAAUAAGGAUAAAUUGUCGCAUGUCAGAGAUCCGCAGAAUAUCGGUAAAGUUAAGUGAUUGUGGACGUUUGCAUUUUAAGGAAUUUACUUUUUAAAGAAAAUUUUAUGGAUCAAUGGUAAUACAUAGUCAAUCAUCCCGAAUGUUCAUAUAUAAUGUAAGUUCAAAAAACCCAGUAAAAAUUAAGAAACUCUCCAUAUCCUUCAUAUAUUAACAUAUUAUCCAGAUCGUAAUGAACUGAAGUUAUUAGCAAGAGCAUUGGUUAAAGCUACAGUUGAGAGCACACGAACAUGUGUAAUUCGUACCCGGCAUUCAUUAAUCACUCAGUUGUGCUCAAAUCAAACUUUUAGUACUGAAAACUAAAUUUCUGCGUAAGAUUUGCACGUGAUUUCAGAUUAUUAAAUAAAAUAAAACGACAAAGUCCCAGCCAAAUUUGAAGGCCUUGGUGUACAUGUACAAUUCAGUCCUUGUAAUAAUAAACGUAGCUAAACAUGAAUUUCAGGGCUGGUUCAAGACCAGAAAAGAAUUUUCUAUAUAGGAAAAUGAAAGAAAAACCAGUUUUCUAGAGAUUUCAGAGCGGGCUCAGCCCUCUCAUACCAAGCCCUUAGUAGCUUAUCCCUGAAGUGACGUCAAAUGUGUGUCGUCAGAUGUGUGACGUAAUAAUCAAAAUUUAUGCUACAAAUUUUGGCUAAAGUAAACGGAAUUAACUUAGAAACUCUGCUUCCAUUUACAUAGAUUCCACAUAUUACCAACCCACAAAAUCCAUUCCCGCAUUAUGUAUUUAAUUAUUGUUAAAGACUUCGUGCAUAUAUGGAUUGUAUGUGAACACUGAAUGUUCGCCAUCUGUUUAUACGAGAACAUUACGUGGCGACAAUUGAUAGUUGUGUGAAAAAUUUGAACAUACUUAUGUCCGAUAUUCAAAUAUUUCAACCAGAGGCGCAUCUUCAUAGGGACCAAUUGGACCAUGGGAAAAUAGGAAAACCCAAACAAAUAUUCUUUUCUUUUAUCCUAAAAACAUUCUAAUUGAGAAACGAAAUCUGCGUACUUGCUCAAAAUGUGUUGACAUGUUUGAGAUACCCGCACUUAAUUGUUGCAUAAUUUCAUCCCUUAAAUUUCAAUUGUGAGCUAUAAUAAAGGGACCAGAGAACGACUCUAAUAACGUUUCUCGGAUAGGGUAAUAUCAAAACUCUUUCGUAGGCCUUCAAAGAUUCAUUAUUCAGAGAUCCAAACGUGACCAGACCAUGUCGAUAUUUGAAAGUGCAAACUUUUGUGAAUUGUGGGGAUAUAAUAGCAACACUGCAUAUCAAACUAAUGUUUGUUGCAGAGGGAAACAAAAGUUCUGACAUUACAAAUAGAAAUAAUUCAAAAUUGAAGUAAUCAGCGGUUCUGGCAUCAUGUGUAACUACAAAAUUGCGAAGAGACUUUUUCGGAAAGAAAUCGAUUUCCGCGUAAAAAUCCUAGGGUCGCGACAUAAGGCAAAUUUGAAGUGGAUAAAUACCUCAGAAGUUUAGUAUAGCUUUGCUAGUUCGAAAUCCUCAUUGACCAUCAUCUUUACACUUAAACUCUUUAAGUAUUACUUAGCUUGCAAAUAUCAGGAGUUACAUUGAACAAUAAAAAUCUGCAUCUGUUGUUAAAUUUGAAAAAUAAAACGAAUUCUGAACAGUCUAGAGCGCUGAGGAGGCUUUUUAUGCGCCUAUGAUUUCAACGCAGAAAUUAUUGCAAUCUGUUGAACGUUAAAAUAAUCGCCUUUUAUUCGCCACAAAAAAGAGUACAAAAUUGGUACGGACUAUUGUUAAUAGAUGUCAUUGCGAUAGUGUAUAGUCGUGUGGAUUCUAUGUGUGGGUUGAAGAACAGUCUUUAAGGUUUAUUCAAUCAACAAGAAAAAAUGAAAAAAAAAAAAUUUAAGCUACUUCCGUCUGGUGUAUGCGAAAGUUAUUCAGUGCACUGCAAAUAAUUUCGAUUUUUUAACGAUCAUUGUACCUAAAAACUGUAAACUGAGAAAUAUCAAAAAUAAACAGGUAACAACGAAACAAGUAGUGGAACUAUUAUAAUAGAAACGUAAAAUUUAAAAUUCAAAUUAAAACAACAAAUGAAACAGAAAAUAUUUAACCGAAAAUCUUACGGAGGGAACAAACGUUUUAUUGUGACAACAGGCUGAUAGUUUGGAACGAAGAUUCUUCUCGAAUCGUAGCAAAUGCAAAAAUUCAAAAAUGUUCCAAAAACGACAUAUUGCAUUCUCACUGUAUAGAAUGUAAUGUACAGGAUGAUCCGUUGUUAAAAAUACGAAACGAAUUCUAAAAAUGUAAAAUGAAGUAAUUCUUACAGGAAUAAUUGAAAUAAAAGUAAACAGACGGUCUCUACGAAACAAUGUAUCAACCCAGGUCCGUACUGGCUCCGAAAAAUCUUCACAGGGGCAAUACAUACAAACUCAUUCGCAAAGGGCCAAACAAUUAAAAAAAAAAAUUAUAUAAAAGGCCCUUCAUAAACCGCCAGAAUUUAUAGUAUGGUCAGUACGGGCCUAUAUAAACCUUGCAGACGAUGCAGAGUUUUUUUUAUGUCGGAUUAAAUGGAACUUUAUAAAACACAAUUUUAGAUUUACGAGAGUUUUCAAAGUCAUCGACGUUCUCAGUCAAUUAGGGGAUUCUCAGUAUAUGAAAUUUUGAAUUAGCCAAAAUCUCUUAACCUGGAAACACUUUAUAGACUGUUAUGAUCAGAGCGAAAAAGCCAAAGACCAGUUAAUUAUAACUUGCCUUGGGGUACUUG